AUGGAGCAGCAAUCAAAUCGGGCCCAUCGGCCUGCAAAGGAGAAGAAGAAAUUUGAAGGAAGCAAUCCGAAGGCUUUCGCCUAUUCCAAUCCUGGAAAGCUUGGUAGACAGGCUGCUCGAUCCUACGAUGUCAAGGAAAAAAGACUACAUGUUCCCCAGGUGGAUCGCAUGCCUGAAGAGGCCCCUCCAACUGUGGUUGCACUCGUUGGACCCCCAGGCGUUGGCAAGACCACUCUUCUGAAGUCACUGAUUCGUCGCUACACUAAGCAGACUCUGAGCUCCCCCCAAGGUCCAUUGACUGUAGUUACUUCCAAGAAAAAGCGCCUCACUUUCAUCGAAUGUCCCUCAGAUUCCCUAGCAGCCAUGAUUGAUGUCUCUAAAAUCGCGGAUAUUGUCCUUCUCAUGAUUGAUGGUAACUACGGCUUUGAGAUGGAGACAAUGGAGUUCUUGAACGCCUUGUCGACGAGUGGUAUGCCCGGAAAUGUCUUCGGUAUUCUGACCCAUCUCGACCUGUUCAAGAAGCAGAGUACUUUGAAGAUGACCAAGAAGCGCCUGAAGCAGCGUUUCUGGAGUGAACUCUACCAGGGUGCCAAGCUUUUCUACCUUUCCGGUGUGAUCAACGGCCGAUAUCCAGAUCGCGAAGUCCAUAACCUAUCGCGAUUCUUGUCCGUUAUGAAGAAUCCUCGUCCGCUUAUUUGGCGUAACUCUCACCCGUACGCGCUGGCGGAUCGCUUUUUGGAUAUCACCCCUCCCACUCAAAUCGAAGAAAAUCCCAAGUGUGAUCGUACUGUGGCAUUGUAUGGUUAUCUCCGCGGUACCAAUUUCCCAGCUUAUGGUGCGCGGGUGCACGUGCCUGGUGUGGGUGAUCUGACAGUCUCUGGCAUUGAGGGAUUGCCUGACCCCUGCCCUACUCCCUUCAUGGACCAGCAAGUUGCAAAAGUAUCUGGAAAGUCGUCGCGGCGCAAGCUGGGUGAGAAGCAAAAGCUCCUCUUUGCUCCCAUGUCCGAUGUUGGUGGUGUCUUGGUUGACAAGGAUGCGGUCUACAUCGAUGUCAGAACUACCAACUUUAACCGUGACUCGGAUGACGAGGAAGAAGACCACGAGGACCGUGGACUUGGCGAGCAGCUUGUAGUUGGUCUGCAGGGUGAGCGACGAUUGCUUGGUGAGGCCGACGAGGGUGUCCGUCUUUUCCGUGAUGGUGAAACCAUAACUCAAGAUGGCGAAGAGACUGGCCGUAAGCACAAGAGACACGCGCGCAUUGCAGAUGCUGAACGUGAUGGUCAAGAGGCAUCAGACGAUGAGGGCCUCGAGAGUAGCGAUGACGAAGACGAACAACUUGCCGAAUAUGAAGACGACGAGGAUCUCAGUGAGGAUGAUGAAGAUGAGGUCGAUGUGUCUGCUCCGUCAGGUUUCGAGGACAACUUCAAAGAAAGACAGAACGGAAGCAACCGUGAAAAUGGAGAGGAUCUUGCCUUUGCAGACAGUGACUCUGACCUUGGCUCAAUCUCUUCAGUCGAGGAUCAGGAGCUAGAGAGCGGUGAUGAAGAUGAAGAAGAUGAGGAUGAAGAGGAAGAAGAUGACGACGAGGAUGAUGAUGAGGAUGAUGAGGAAGACGAAGAGGGCAAUGCCAAAUGGAAGGAUAACAUGCUGGCCACAGCUAAAGCUCUUCAUAGCAAGCGCCCCGCUUUCCGUGUCUCUGACCUUUCAAGGAUGAUGUACGAUGAAUCCAUUAGUCCUGCUGAAGCUGUGCAAACGUGGCGCGGUGAGAACAAUGAAGAAGAUGAGGACGCCGAUGAGGAAGCCGACGAUUUUUUCAAGAAGACCAACAAUGAGAAAAAGUACGAAGCCGACUUCCGUGCAGUUCCCGAAUAUGACUACGACGAAUUGGAGCGUAAAUGGCGGGAUGAAGAAAUGAUCGAGUCACUCAAACGUCGUUUCAUCACUGGCAAACUUGUUGGUGGCUUCGACGAUCUCGAUGAGCUUGAUGAUGAUGAUAUGGAUGACGUCUUCGAUGAAGAUGAGGAUGAUGAAGGUGAUGGAGCCUUCGAGGACUUGGAGACGGGUGACGUCUUCAAUGGAAUCAAGGACGACGAUGAAGAGGGAGAUGAAGACGAAGACGACGAGGAUGCAGAGCCCGAAGGCCCAGUAGAUUUGGAAGCUGAGCGUGAACGUAAUGCCAAGAAAAAAGAAGAGCUGAAGCUGCGCUUUGAAGAAGAAGAUCGGGAGGGCUUUGGAAACGCUAAAGAGGGAGCUCGAGAUGGUGGCGAUGGGGAAUUCGGCGAGGAUCAAUGGUAUGAACUGCAGAAGGCUAAAAUGCAAAAACAGCUCGACAUCAACCGCGCCGAGUUCGACACCCUUGAUCCCGCUUCUCGUGCCCGAGCUGAGGGCUUCAAAGCAGGAACUUACGCUCGUAUCGUCUUGGAGAAAGUCCCAUACGAGUUUGCAAGCAAGUUCACUCCUCGGUUCCCUGUUAUCGUCGGAGGUCUCUCUCCUACCGAAGACCGUUUCGGAUACGUACAAGUUCGCAUCAAGCGCCACCGCUGGCACAAGAAGAUCUUGAAGAGCAGUGACCCCCUGAUCUUCUCCCUCGGCUGGCGUCGUUUCCAGUCGAUGCCCAUCUACAGCACUUCGGACAGUCGGACCCGAAACCGUAUGCUCAAAUAUACACCCGAACACAUGCAUUGCAUGGGUGUCUUCUACGGUCCACUAGUGGCCCCCAACACAGGUUUCUGCUGCGUUCAGUCGUUCUCGAAUAAGAACCCAGGCUUCCGGAUUGCGGCAACUGGUGUCGUGCAGAGUGUGGAAGAGCACACUGAGAUCGUCAAGAAACUGAAGCUCACUGGCGUACCAUACAAGAUCUUCAAGAACACUGCCUUUAUCAAGGACAUGUUCAACUCCUCGCUGGAAAUUGCCAAGUUUGAAGGUGCUUCGAUUCGAACUGUUUCAGGCAUUCGUGGUCAGAUCAAGAAGGCGCUCGGCAAGCCCGAGGGUUGCUUCCGUGCCACUUUCGAGGACAAGAUUCUCAUGAGUGAUAUUGUCUUCCUGCGCGCCUGGUACCCUAUCAAGCCGCAUCGCUUCUACAACCCGGUCACCAAUCUUCUGGAUCUGGAAGAGGGUGCUUCUGCAGACAGUGGCUGGCAGCAGAUGCGUUUGACUGGUGAGGUGCGCCACGAUCAAGGUAUCCCAACUCCCAUGAACAAGGAUUCAGCCUACCACAAGAUUGAGCGCGAAACUCGUCACUUCAAUCCUCUCCGUGUGCCACGCCAACUGGCUGCCGAUCUUCCAUACAAGUCUCAGAUCACAAAGAUGAAGGCACGCAAGGAUCAGACCUAUAUGCAGAAGCGGGCUGUGGUCCUAGGUGGCGAGGAGAAGAAGGCACGAGACCUCAUGCAGAAGCUGACAACAAUGCGCAACGAGAAGCAGGAGAAACGGGCAAUCAAGCAAGAAGAGCGCCGUAAGGUAUACCGUGCCAAGGUUGCUGACAGUCUUGAGAAGAAGGCUGCACGUGAAAAGAGAGAGAAAGCGGAAUACUGGCAGCGCGAGGGUAAGAAACGCAAGAAUACCGAUGGUGAAUCUGGUGGCCGGUUCAAGAAGCGCAGCAAAUAA